GCCGGCUGCGCGGGGCGGUGGUUGGUGGUGGGUUGCUGAGCGGCCUGCAGCGCGAGGGCUGUUUGUGGCGGCAGUUGAGGGAGCGGCGGUACUCUGUGUGGUCUCUGCGGGGAGAGAACUAAAGCGUGUAUCGUGGUUUACAGCUGGAUCAGUUGCAGUUUGAAUGAUCACAUUCCAGGAACUGGCAGUUUGAACAAGGUUCUAUGGGUGCUGGGCUGUGUUGGAAGCACAGCUAGGGCGAGUGCUCCCCCAGAAGCUUCUGAGAGAACACUGCUGUCAUUUGAGAACUGGAAGUGUUUUUACUGGUUGUCAACUGUGUCCGGACUAUAAUUUGCCUUGUGAGCUAUUUUUGCUGCUGCUUCUUUUUUUUUUUUUUUUAAACUAUUGCUAACAGAGGUGAAACCUGCCGUUUACCUUGAAAUAAGACAUCAGUUAAGGCUGCUGAUAUCCUUCAGUAACCUUUUUCUGCUUUGCUUUUACAUCACACCUGAAAAGAUGCUUCAGGUCUGUAAAUGUGGCUGGCAGAAGGGACAGACCUGUUCCUAACCAUGUCCAGGAGGAAGCUGGAGAACAGAAGCCUUUCGGGCUUGUUGGCCAUGUCUCUGCAGACACAAAUCAGGAUGGACAAUUUCCACAAUUUUUACAUGCUUGACUCCAAAGAGCUGGGAAGAGGAAGAUGUGGUGUGGUUAGAAAAUGUAUAGCUAAAUCCACAGGUCAAGAAUAUGCAGCUAAGUUUUUAAAGAAAAGAAGAAGAGGUCAAGACUGCAAAGCGGAGAUUCUUCAUGAAAUUGCCGUGCUUGAAUUAACGAAAUCUAAUCCUCGCAUAGUUAAUCUCCAUGAAGUCUAUGAAACAGCAAAUGAAAUCAUCUUAGUGUUGGAAUAUGCCGCUGGAGGAGAAAUCUUUAACCUGUGUGUCCCAGAUCUGGAUGACAGAAUUAGUGAAAGUGAUAUCAUAAGGCUUAUAAGGCAAAUACUUGAAGGACUGUGUUGCUUGCAUGAAAAAAAUAUUGUUCAUCUCGAUUUAAAGCCUCAAAACAUUUUGCUGAGCAGCAUCAAUCCUCUUGGUGAUGUGAAGAUUGUAGAUUUUGGCAUGUCUCGGAAGAUUGAGAAUAGUACUGAACUGCGGCAAAUCAUGGGAACCACGGAGUAUCUCGCUCCAGAAAUCUUAAACUAUGACCCUAUUACCACAGCCACGGAUAUGUGGAACAUAGGUGUAAUAUCAUACAUGCUGCUGACCCAAGAAUCUCCAUUCGUGGGAGCUGAUAAUCAAGAAACUUUCCUUAAUAUAUCUCAAGUUAAUGUGGAUUAUUCAGAAGAAACGUUUUCAUCAGUUUCACAGCCUGCCAAAGACUUCAUUCAAAAACUUCUCAUAAAAAAUCCUGAGGAAAGGCCCACAGCAGAGGCCUGUCUCUCUCAUUUCUGGUUGCGGCAAGGGGAUUUCAUACUUCUGUGCAGCCCUGAAGAAUCUUGCUGCCCGUCUCUGAUGCCAGGACAUGCAACAAAAUGCUCGGAAGAGCGGAACGUGAGAUCUAGUUGUAAUGGUACUUGUAGCAACAAGGAAGACAAAGAAAACAUCCCAGAGGACAGCAGUACAGUCUCCAAACGCUUCCGAUUUGAUGAUUCACUGCAGUAUCCCCAAGACUUCAUGACAGACUUCGUAUGUUAAUGCGUAACAUAGACUUUGAUAAGAAUGGAUUUAGUGUAAUCUAUUCCAGUGGUGAAUGCAAGAUUGGCUUGCCAAUUUAUGUGGUGUUGCUGUACUGGAAACGCACUUUGAUUCUUUAUUCUGGUGCUUCCUUUUUUAUCCAUUGCUGGCAAUGGAUUGAACUCCUGAGAAGUUGGAGUUGCAGCACCAGUAAAAUGAAUUAUUUUUUUAAGAAGGUAUAAUUAAAUAUUUUUGCACUUUUAAAUUUUUAAUCCAAAAAUGAUGCCAAAUUAAGGCCUGAGCAUGUUUAGAGAAACUCAUUUUCCUGAGUUUUUGCCUAAACUUUGAGCUUUGCCAAACAGUGGUUGAAUAGCGUGUACAUUUUUAUGACUAGCCUUUAGAAGCUGAUCUAAGCAGGAAAACUGAAUCUGGCUGUCCUAAUGGGCUUAUCUGUGACCAUUCUUGUAGAUUUAAAUGACAGCUCAAAGCAGCGUUCUGGGAAUACGAUUGAUCUGCUGGGGCCAUCUAGAAAACUGCUUUUUCUCUGUUAUCAUUAGUAGUUAAGGAAAUGUUUCCGUCUUACAGAUCUGGUCCACCUAGGGAUUCUAAUGCAUAUUCAGCGUGGCAUUUUUCCUGUGUUUCCUGUGGAUGCAUGUAAUGCUUGAACAGAAAACGGGUAGAUUUGUCAGUCCCUGUGUUAGUGAUCCUUUGCUUCUUACCAGUGAGUUCUAUUUGAAGAGGACAAGUUUCCCAUUCUGUUGAGAUUAUUUUAUACAUGUUAGUUUUCUUCCAUAAAAUAUCUGAAGUAUAUUGUCUACAAUUGUUGAUCUAUUCCUUAUCUUAAAACCAAAAAAUGAACCCAAAGCCAUGAAAUGCCCCCCUUUCUAAGUUCAAGUUAAUAAGUGAAUAAACUGAAAAUGACUUUUUUUUUUUGCCAGUAAAGUUGCAAUUAAAAACUUUUCAUUAUGCCUUUUUAAUGUAGAUGUGCAGUGGGUUUUUCUGUCAAUUACUGUUAUUCACACAACUUAGCUUCAUGCCUGUCUUGAGAAAUGGACUGCAGUGUGUUAAUAUUUAAAGGCAAACUACCCAGUAGUUAUUUUAAGCCUUUUCAUUUGCUUUGGUUAGUGGGUUUGUUAUGUGUUCAAGGUAUAUCCCUUUCGAUUCCUGUUUCUAGGCUCUGAGAACUAACGCGGAAGUCAAACUUCAGCUUAGAGCAAAUACCAGUCAUGUCUCAACAGCCUGAAACUAACAGGUUAAUAUUGAAAAACUGACAUGAUCAGAUCCUAAUCAUAACACUGAAGCUAAAACUCUGUGUAGAGAAGGUAUUAAAAUUUCUAUAAGUAUUUUGAAAGUAAAUGGCACUUCGAGGUAGUUCUGAACCCUGAGAAUUAGAAAAUCCCAGACUUAGUCUCCUUAAUUUGGUUUCUUUUAUAUAAUAAAAUAUCACAAUGUAAUCUUUUCCAAGUGUGGCUGUUGAUCCAAUGAUAGUUAGGCAGAUGGAGGUUUGGAACAUUGUAUGAUUGAGAUCAUAUGGUAAUAAUUGGUAAAAGGUUGUCUUUUUCCUUUCUUCACAAAAGGAAGGAACAAUUUAAUUACUUUUACAAAUAGAUUUUAAUGCAGGCUUUCACUAUAAAGUAUGGGGGAAGAUUGAGGACUUUUGUCUUUUAUUUUGGGUGAUGUUCUGUGGAAAGUCAACUGCGGUGUCCUCGGCUUGUUUGACACAAGUGUAACAUUUCCAAGACUUAAUCUAAAGUGAAAUGAAAUCAUAGCAUGGAUGAUGCUCAGAUGCCUCAGUAUAAACAAACUGCACUGAUUUCUCUCUGUGUAUUCUCAUGCAGUUUUUACAGUGCUAAUGAUAAUAUAUAUACAUUUACAGUUAUUAAAUGCCUUUGCUGGGGGUGGUUGUUGGAUUGUGUCCAGGUACUCUAUACCUUUACUUUCCAAAGUCCUUGGCCUUUUCCACUUGGAAUAUUAUAUCUCUUUUUUCCUCACUAGCACGGAGUCUAAAUUUGAACUGGGCAAAUGAAAAAUACAAACUAUUUUACUAUGCAGUUAACAUUCACUCAAGAUAAAGAGGAGAACAUCAAAAAGCUGUAAUAGACAAAGGUAGAAAAAAUGGUUUCUAAAACAGCUACAUUUUCAAAUUCUCCAAAAUUAUCACUGACCUGAACUUGUAACUGGGAAGCUUGUGGAAGUCUUUCUACUAGUUUUAUAUUUUUAGUGUUUGAAAAAUAAAGCUGAAGGUAUUUGCCAGCACUUUAUGAAGAAGUUAUUGUUCCUUAAGUGUUUUAAUCAAGUUAUCUGAUGUUUACAUUUCUUACUGCUUUUGGAGUUAACUUAUCUUUAAAUAAAUGAAGAUUUGUUUUAUCCAAGGAA